GACUGUUAGUGAAUGCUACGGCUACCCCCGUAGUCUUACAACACUUUCCAUACCAUCUGACUGUUAGUGAAUGCUAUGGCUACCCCCGUAGUCUUACAACACUUUUUAUACCAUCUGACUGUUAGUGAAUGCUACAGCUACCCCCGUAGUCUGGCAACACCUUCCAUAUUGGGUCGAACACACACUCGACCUAACACACAAUCGAACUUGAGUCCUAGCUGGACCUCUAACCUGGUUCCCUAAACCCGUUAUCUGGUGCCAAGGAAAACGUGAACCAAAUGUUGGAACGUUUUAUGAACUCCCAACUCACCCAAUCCUCAAUCAAGAAGUUUUAGCCUGAGAUGUUUACUCUGAUAAAAAGAACAUGUUUUGAGAUGAAACUCUGAUUUGAUAUAACGAUUUUGGUUUAUGAAUGAAAUGGUUGAUAAUUAUGGUUUUUAUUAAUGAUUUUAAACGGAAUUUUUGGAUCGUAUUUUUGGGAUGUUACAUUUUUCCUCUCUCGAUAGAGCAUUUAUGCUAGUAAAUAUUUGAGCUCAAACUCUAUAUCAUAUGAAAGGGAGCUAUUGAUUAAGCGCCCAUAAUGUUAUGUCUUAGAGCUCGUACUGUAAAUAGUCUAGAGUAGGGAUGAGCUUUUUAACUGAAAAACCGAAACAGAGUCAGAACCAAUUGGACCCAAAUAAUGGUAUUUGGUCCGGUUUUCGGUUUUCAAUUUACGGCUUAUUUGGUUUUCAGUUCCGGUCCGGUUCCGAUUUCGAACACCUUCUUAGAUGACACAUUUCUUAGUAGAACCAAAUCAAAACCGAAACCAAGUAUUCAGUUCGGUCUGAUUCUAGACCGGUUUACAUGCCUAAUAUAAAAUAUACAUGGUAAAGUGAUUAUCGUUAACACCGAUGAUGGAAAAACAUCAAGUUGUUCAACUACAAAACUGCAAUUAGAGACUUGUGUAUAGGCCCAACCUACUCCUCAAAUUUUCUUAAAUAGUGUUAAUUUUUUUUUCAUAUAAAUACAACCAUUGAAAAAUACUUGGGCUACACUUAAGUUUCUAUGUCCAAAGAAACAGUCUAAAUUUGAAAGAUUGACAACCCAAACAAAAAGAGCUAAAUGUAAAAAGAUAAAAAAAUACAACAAAGGAGUCUAAAUUUGAAAGAUUUGACAACCCAAACAAAAAGAGUUAAGUGUAAAAAGAUAAAAAAAAAAGAACAACAAAAAGCCCAAGAGGUUAAACACCCUCUUAAUCAAUUUGAGUCUUGGGAUGAUACAGAUAAGCUGAUGAGGGAAUGAAAAAGAAACAGGCACAUGCCACUGUCCAGCGGCACAUAGCGCCUCACCCUCACGACCCUGCUCCACCCACUCCCAUCGACUUUUCCGGCAGCCUUCACUGCCACGCCGGCAGUUCCACAGCUUCAGCGACUUCCCUCUGAACAUGCAAGAAUGCAACAAGUCCCAUUGGGUCUUUUUUUGGACAAGAAGCUCCAACUCCAACUCCAAGAAUGAAACAACUGACCAUCCAAUGAAUUGGCUCCGGGAUGUUUCUCUCGCCGGAAUCUCUACUGCAACUCCUUCAACGUUUCAUCAAAAACUCCAUCCAAAUCAAGCAAAUCCAUUCCCUCCUCAUCAUCAGCGGUAAUCUCCUCCCUAACCCUAACCCUAACCCCAACUCAUCUACCUUCAAAUGGAUACCCACCUUACUCUACAACACUCUCAUCAGAGCUUACCUCAAUAUCCAUCUCCCUCACACUACCUUACUCCUUUUCACCCACAUGCUUUCCCAUAACAUCCCACCAAACCCCCAUACUUUCCCUUCACUAACCAAAGCCACCGUUGCUGCUUAUACAACCCCUUCCCUCAUCGCUAAACCCCUUUACACUCAAGCCCUCAAGCGCGGAGUAUUAUCAGAUCCCUUUGUACAAACAUCAUUCAUUCAUUUGUAUGCUAAAAGCAACUGUCUUUCCUAUGCACAAAAGGUGUUCGAUGAAAUGCCUGAACCAUGCCUUGUUUCCUGUAACGCUAUGCUUGAUGGGUUUUGCAAGAAUGGGGAUAUGGGUUCUGCUGUUUCCUUCUUCGAAUCAAUGCCUGUGAGGGAUGUUUAUUCAUGGACUACCAUCAUCAACGGGUACAGCAAGAGAGGGUGUUACGACACUGCAAUUCGGUUUUUUCAAAGGUGUUUAAGAGAUUGUUCUGUGAAAGCUAAUGAAGCUACAUUCGUUAGUGUACUUUCUGCUUGUGCUCAUUCUGUUACAUUUGGGAAGCAGAUACAUGGGUAUAUUAUCAAGAACGAGAAUCAAAUAACUCCCUUUAUCGGGACAUCACUGAUAUAUUUAUAUGGGAAAACGGGUCAUUUAGAUUACGCCACAAAAGUGUUUGAAAGUAUGUUGAAAAAGGAAACAUGCACAUGGAAUGCAAUGAUUUGUGCUCUAUCUUCACAUGGAAAAGACAAAAAGGUUUUAGAAAUGUUUGAUAAGAUGAAGAUUGAAGGGUAUCAUCCAAAUGAAGUUACUUUUGUUGGGAUUCUUGCUGCUUCUUCAAAUUGCAACCUUAUAAAUUUAGGUUUAGAAUUAUUCUACUCAAUGUUGCCUCAAUUUGGUGUUGUUCCAAAAAUGGAACAUUAUGGAUGUGUGGUUGAUUUAUUGGGUAGAUCAGGGUUUUUAGCAGAAGCAAAAGAUUUCAUAAGUAGGAUGCCAUUUGAGGCUGAUGCCUCUGUUUUAGGUGCUCUUUUGGGAGCUUGUAAACUUCAUGGGGAUAUUGAUUUAGGAAAUGAGGUGGCUAAAAGGCUUCUUGAGGUAGACCCUCAACAAUGUGGUCAAUAUAUAGUUUUAUCGAGUCUUUAUGCUGAUGUUGAGAAUUGGGGUCAUGCUGCCUUUUUGAGGAAUGUUAUGGUUGGAGUAGGUGUUCAUAAGCCUCCGGGUUAUAGUGUGGUUAACUCAAUGUAAAGAAUUAGUUUGUGCACAUUAACGAAUGUUAGGGUUGCAUGUAUUAGAUUUUUAGUAUUAACAAAAUAGUUUCUUUAAAAGAGUUGACUUCGAAUAUAUUAUGAGUCAUGGGAAAAUGUAGUGUAAAUUUGAAGCUUGGUACAUGGAUUUUCAUUUACCAUAGGCAUACGAAAAGUCUACUUGAAGGCAUGAAAGAGAAGAGAAAUGGGUUCUUUUUCUUUUUAUUUUAUUCCAAAAUAAAAUAACAGUAAUAUUUAGUUGCUA